ACGAAGUCACCAACCGCCCCCGGGGGCGGGACAUCAUCCUGCUGUCGCUGUUCGACGGAGUGGGGGCCGCCCCCUACAUUAUCGAUCGCGACUUCGGGCGCCCACGCCUGGCGGUCUCUUGGGAGGUCGACCGGGCUUGCAAGGCCCUCGUGCAGAAGGCCUUGCCAUGGGUGGAACACCGCGGGGACUUCACUCGCGACUCCCCGCAAGACGUCGCUGACCUGGUGCUCGACUCCGACCCUCACGCCGAGGCCAUGGUGGUUUGGUGCGCGGCCCCGCCUUGCCAGGAUUUCUCCCGCAUCGCCCAGGGGGCGGGCCAUCAGGGCGACCGGGGGCGGUUGUUCGAGGAGUCCGUCGCCUUUUUGGACGAGCUUCGCGCCGCCCUCAAGUCCCACCGCUUCGCCUUCCUCUACGAGAACGUGGAGAUGGGCGUGGAGGCCGCUAAGGUGUCGUCGGACGCCCUGGGCGUGCAGCCGGUGUUUGUCUGCCCCUCCGACUUCGGCUGGGUCUCUCGCCCGCGCCUGUGGUGGCUCAGCGUCGACUGGACCCGCCUGGCCUCUGACCCAGCGGACGGCUCGCCCCUGGAGUGGGCGAAGAAGGGCCGGUGGGACCGGCUGAGGCUGGCAGCGGGGAGGAAGCUUAUGCCGUGUGCCACGACCCCGGCGCCGACUGACGACGGGCGGGCCAAGCCGCGGUCGACCAGAGGGCGGACCCCUCGCGACGCGGACGCCCGUUGGCUGGAGGGCGGUCGCCAGUUCGCCCCAUGGCACUACACUGUGGAGGCCAUGCUCCAGGACUCCAAGGGCGUCCUGCACACCCCGGCGGCGGAGGUGAAGGAGCAGCUCCACCACAUACCGACAGGGUACACCGCCAAGGCCGGGGCUGACGCCAAGACGCGCCACCGCAUGGUCGGGAAUGGAUGGCACUGGGGCGUGGCCUCCAGGCUCCUGGGCCUCCUCGUCAUGGCGACCUGGACCAAGCCGGUGGCGUCUGGCGCUUCGCCCGCCCCCGAGCCGCCAGAGCCGCAGGUCUUGGGCGAGGGCUUGGACGAGGACCGCCAUUGGGCGGCCGCGGCCCGCAUGAAGCACUCGCUGGUUACCUGGCCCACCCUUGAGCCGGCGCUGGAGGCCAUCCUGGAGUUUCGCCGGGAGUGGCGCCACGACCUCGUACGCAUCCGGCGGGACGUCCUGAGAGAGCUCCAGGAGAUGGUCGAGGACGCUGCGGAAGACACUGACGCCUGGUUGGCGACUUUGCCCGUCCACGUGCGGGCCACCUACGUCACCGAGGAUAGGCCCCGACCCUUUCAGGGCCUGGUGUUCGACCGCCUGCUCCGGGGCGUGGGCUACCCCGCGGCGGACGACCUCCAGCAGGACGUGAACGCCGGCUUCGAUAUGCUGGGGCCGGUUCGCCCGCCCCAGGGUGGCGGCCCCGCUCUGAUGAGCGCUACGCCCGCCCCGAGGGGCUGGACAGGCUGA